AUGUCAGCUUAUAAAUUACUUUCACCUGAAAAGGCUGCUAAAUUACUAACUAGCUUAUUACCCUCUAAGCAAAGGGUUAUACCAGUGGAUUCAUCAUGGUAUAUGCCUAAUAUGAAUAGGAAUGGCAAAGAGGAAUAUUUGAAAGGGCCAAGGUUACCUAAUGCUGUGUAUUUUGACAUAGACGAUAUCAAAAAUCAUAACUUGCCAUAUCCACAUAUGCUCCCAGAUCUUCAAACUUUUAACAAAAAAAUGAGUGAGCUAGGUUUAUUACCUUCUGAUAUUUUGAUUGUUUAUGACAAUAUUGGAAACUUUAGUUCUCCUAGGUGUGCUUGGACCCUAACAACGUUGGGUCAUAAAGACGUAUAUUUAUUAAACACAUUUGCUGAAUACAAAGCCUUAAAUCUACCACUAGAGUACAAUGUUUUAUUAUCUGCAAAUAGAUUUCCUAAAACUAACUAUGAAAGUGUCAUUGAUCAUACGGAAGAACAGGUUGUGACUUAUGAAGAAAUGGAAAGGUUAUUUAAGGAUCAUUUGCUCAAGACCAAAUACAAUGUUUAUGAUGCUAGAUCAUUGGGUAGAUAUUUAGGUAAAUGCCCUGAACCAAGGCCAAAUUUUCCGAGUGGUCAUAUACCAGGUACUUUAUCAUUACCAUUUACUACCGUUGUUGACAAUAAAAAAUUUAACAAAUUUGAUGAUUCAAAGGAAGAAAUACAAAACAAAAUUAACACCUUUUUAAAAGAAAAUAAUUUCCCACCUUAUGAUCCUACCAAACCUACAAUCUGUAUGUGUGGUACAGGAGUAAGUGGCGUUAUUAUUAAGACUGCUUUAGAAAAUAGUGGUAUUAAAAAUAUUAAAUUAUAUGAUGGUAGUUGGACUGAAUGGAUUUUGAAACAUAAAGAAGGAAGUAAGGAGGAUCAAAAUUAUAUUGCCACGGGUAAUGCCAAUUAA